AUGGGUAUACGUUUACCAUCCAUGAUUUCCAGUGUGAAGCAAUUCCACAAAUUGCACUCUGUUGUUACUAGGAAUCAUAUUUCAGAUGUACCAAAAGGACAUUUUGCAGUUUAUGUGGUUCCUAUUGCAUACUUGAAUCAUCCUUCGUUUCAGGCUUUGUUAACGAAAGCAGAGGAAGAAUUUGGGUUUCAACAUCCAAUGGGAGGUCUCACAAUACCCUGCAAUGAGGAUGCAUUUUUUCAUGUCACUUCUCGAUUGAACACUUCUUUAUAAUAUGAAGAAGCCAUUAAGAUGCAUCAUUAGUGACAGA